AUGCCCCCGAAAAAUAAUAAAGAUAAAACCCCAAGAAAUGAAACACUGCAGCAGAUUAUAAAUCAAUUAGAUUCUCAGGAAGUUGAUUUAAGAAGCAAGACAAGACAAGCCGCUGUGAAAGGAGACUGUUUUCUUUGUUUGUUGUGUGUUGUUAAUGGACUAUAUUGGAUGGCACACAAUCUCAAGCUCAACUUGGAAAAAAGAAAAAAAAAGGUGUUAUCCUCCUUUUCAGCUAAUGUGCUGUGGAUCAGUUUAGGAGCUGGUGGUGUCUGUCUUAAUUUGACCUGUACAAACGGGACACCUCAAGCAAAUAAAGGAUUCAAAUGGAAAAGGAGUUUAGUAAAGAAGGUCUUUAUAAUUGCGAGUUGUGUGAGCACCACAGCUAAUUUAAACAGAAGCUGA